AUGGAGAUUGAAUCCUCAUCUGUUGAUAUGAAGAAAGGGGGUCAUCUCAAAAGCUUUCAGUGGUUUAUUUCCAAACUAGGUUGUGUACGCAAACCAGGAGUUGGAGGGUGUCCCUUGGUCAUUGAACCAGCGGAGGAAUGGAAACCUUCACAGGUACCAACCAUCAUAGUGUCGUACAACACCGUGUCUGUAAACACCGUGUCUGUUUUGUUCAGUACAUAUCCAGGGGAUAGGUGGAUAAACUACCAGAUUAAUCUACAACCCUGUAAUGGAAGAUCAACUCCCGCAGCACUAUCUCAAAUUGUCAACACCAAUGGCUCUACUGGAAUAUACGUAUAUGUGUUUAAGGAUGUACCACCAGGUUGUUAUAGUGCACGUGUUACCCUCUACCAGAAGCCAACUGGGGGAAUCGUUGAUGGACGUCCAGUUCGGUCUGCACCUUUCAAUGUUACCAGAGUGACAGUCGGGCCGACUGAGGAACCAACAACUUCACCUGAUGCUGAAGACAAUAAUGUUAUCAGAAUUUCAUCUCAGAAACCAGGAGGACUCGCAACACCAGCUGAUGUUGAGGACAAACCGAAGACAUUGUUACUUGAAGGACUGAUCGGAGCAGGAGUUGGCGUAGCAGUGGCUAUACUUCUCCUGCUUACCUUCGUCGUUAAGAGACAAAGAUCCCAGGGACAAAGCGAAAUAGUCAGCCCUCAAGAGACUCCCAGAGCAGGCCUUGUCAAUAACAUGGUUCAGAAUGAUUUGACGGGACCAGGCUACUGCGAUACCUAUGGACAUGGUGAUAGUGUCAGUGUGUUCCGAUCGGAAUGUUCACAAUGCUGUGAUUAUGCUGGUUACCCGGACAACCCAGAAGACUUUAAAUCUGUCACUAAUAUGUCUGGGGUUACAGUGUAGGUACAAACUUACAUGUAUCUGUAAACAAUUGUCUCAAUCAUGUUGUAUUUGUCUUAAUUCCAUAGUACUCAGAACACUUAAUGAUACAUGGCCUACUCAGUAAAAUAAACUUGGUAUAUGCAGUAAAACUUGGGUGAAAGCUUAGGGGGACACAGAGUGGUGCACCGUUUUUUCUUGGGGAGGGAGGGGGGAGGGGGGGAGACUUUGAAAUUGUAGUUUCCGUUUGCAUUUAUCCAAGACAGGCCCCUUUUAAAGUGUACUCUUUAUGUCAUAAGAUUUAUAACCUGGCAUGGAGGUUAAAAGAAAAA